AUAGGUCAUAUAUUUUAAAAUCUCUGUUGGUCAUCCCCUUUGCCAUCGCUUUAACGCAUCCCUGGCAGAUCCUGUCUGGCAAGGAAGGGUUUUAUUUUUGCAGACAUGGCAACACCCUUGGACACUCUCAGCCUCUCCCAGCUGCUGGAUCUCGCCAUCGGGAUGCCCCAGAAUGGAGCCGUCCACUUUGCGGCCAUGAGGAAACUGCUGCAGGCCGUGCUGGGGCACCUGGACGUGCAGUACCUGACAGCCCAGGAGCCGUGGACGGGCGAGCUGAGUGGCCCCUCACUGGCUGAGUUGGCCAUGGGCAUGAAGGAAAUGAAGCAGGAGAUGGAAUCCUGCAGGAAACUUGUCUCUGAGACUGUCUCUCAGGAGAUUGGUGCAAUAAAGGCCGAACAUUCCCGCGUGUCAGAGGACAUCAGGAAGAUCCAGGAGGCACAGGCCAUGGCUGACUCCAAGCAUCUCCAGGAGAUUGGCAAGUUAAAGGCUGCACAGUCUCUCAUGGCAGAGGACAUGAAGAAGGCCCAGGAGGAGCGUGACCAGGCCAUGGCUGACUGCCAGGAUCUUCGGGAGGAGAUUGACAGGAUGAAGGAGACACAGACACACAUGGAAGAUGACAUUCGGAGGAUGAAGGAGGCACUUGCAUCGAUGAAGAAGAUGGAGGAUGACAUCAGAAAGCUGAGGGAGGAUAUUGCCAAAUGGAAAGAAGAGAUCAGCAAGCAGAUCACUCAGCAAAUGGAGUCCGUGCUGCAAGAGACAAAGAGUGAGCUGAAGAAGAUGGAGGAGCAGCAGGAGAUGAAGAAUUCCAUGCUGGAGCAGCUGGUGACUGAGACAGCCAACCAGCUGAAUGCUCAGGACCAGCAGCUGCUGCAGCACAUGGAGGAAAUGUUCAGGAAGAUUCAAGAAGACUGUGGCAAGCUCAGAUCUGUCUCAGUGAGCCUCCAGACAGACUGUCAGAUGAAGCAGAAAGCUAUUGAGAUGCUGUUCCAGUCCUUGGAGAAGCUGAAGAAGGAAAAAGUAGAUGAGCAGAAUAUGUUGACAGCAAUGGACAUGAAAGCGGACAAAGAUGCCUUGGGCAGCAAAGUUGAUUGCACACAGUUUGAGGCGAGCAUGGAGCAAAUGGACAAGAGGAUGCAGGAGAUGCAGGGCCAGGUGUCAGGACAGAAGCAGCACUGGAACGAGCUGCAGCAGAAGCUCAAGGACAUGAUGGAAAACAAGCUGGAUCGCGGGGAGCUGAAGCAUUUCCGAAAGCGUUUAGAGGAGAUCUGGAAGGGGAACAUGGAGGAACUUGAGAACAGGAUCUUGGGUGACAGCGCUGCUGGGAUGAGGAAGCAGCUGCCAGUCCCUUUCACGUGCCUGUCCUGUGACCGCCCGGUCAAAACGCAGGUUCCUGGCCCGAAACCCGAGACACUCCCGUACUUGAAGCCGAUGCCCCCCAGCAAGGACCCACAGCACAGCCAAAGGAGACCAGUGGUCAGUGGCAGGGUCCCUCGAGUGCCUCAGACCGGUGGGGACCCUGAGAGAUUCAGCCACGCGGUGCAGCGCAUCCAGCCUUGCCCCCGCCUCAGUGCACGACUGCAGGCCCUCAUGACACUCCCCAGCAAGCCUAGUGUGAUCAAGCUGCUGGGCAGCACUGGCAACUUCUCCCUGGGCCAGGAGGACCAGCCUCCUGUGGUGGACACUGCACAGGAUGAGCCAGGCCCUUCCACCUCACGGGACCACCGGCCAGCCACGACCCAUGGCCACGUCUCCCGAGCACCGGCGCUCGUCCAGACACUCCGGCCCCGCCAGACGUCGUCAGCCCCCAAACAGCUGGACAGGACUGGGUGCCCAGUGCUCGACAAGGGACGUCUUCUCAGCAGACACAGGACUUUGUGAAAGCUGCCCUCAAACAGAUGACUUUUUGGUUUUAUUAGGUUAAUAAAAAACCCAUAAAAAUGCA